AUGCGAAGAGGUGAUGGAGUUGUUGAUUAUGGUGAAAGGGUAAUUAGUAGAAGUGUAGACAAGACAAAAUUUCCUGAAAAACUAUUGACUUUUAAUUCGUGGCGGGUAAUGAAUGUAUUAAGAAAACUGACUGAAGAAAAGUUGAAGACAUGUGAAGUAAAUGAAUUUGAAUUUUACAACAGAUAUGUAGCUGGAUCAUUAGACCAAAGUACAGAAAUAAUCAAUGCUGAGCAGGGUACUCCUUCUUGGCAUAAAGCUAGAAAAGUAAGACUAACAGCCUUCAAAGCGAGAGCCCAGUUUACUUAUUAUUCUAAUAAAAAUGCUGAUUGGGAUAAAAGAUAUCAAGAGGUUUUUCACAGUAAUUUCCUUGGGAAUGAAGAUACUAUCAGAGGCCUUCGCUGUGAAGCAGUCGCAAGAGAUUUAUAUGCAGAGCAUUAUAGCUGCAUGAUUUUAGAGUCUGGAUUGCUGGUUCGACCAGAAUUACCAUGGCUUUCUGCACGGUUCUAG